GCUUUCCUCCGGGAGAAACAUGGCUGGGAAGAGAGAGGAGGCGCGAGACAACAGGCGUGGGGUCGUGAUUUCUGAUGGUUGGCCAGGAUAUCACUUGGAUUUAUUCACCUACCCACAGCACUAUUAUGGAGAUCUGAACCACGUGCUUAUACCUCAUGGUGUCAUUAUGGACAGGACUGAGAAGUUGGCAAAGGAUAUCAUGAAUGACAUUGGAUACUGUGACAUCAUGGUUCUGUGUGUGCUUAAAGGGGGCUAUAAGUUCUGCGCUGACCUUGUGGAGAAUCUAAAGAAUAUCAGUCGAAAUUCAGAUACAUUUGUCUCUAUGAAGGUUGACUUCAUCAGAUUAAAGAGUUACCAGAAUGACCAAGCCUUGGAUGAUAUGCAGAUAAUUGGAGGGGAUGACUUUUCUGAACUAGCUGGCAAGAAUGUACUCAUUGUGGAGGAUAUUGUUGGAACUGGGAGGACCAUGAAAUCUCUGCUUGGCAAAAUAGAAAAAUAUAAGCCCAACAUGAUUAAAGUGGCAAGUUUGUUGGUGAAGAGAUCACCCAGAAGUGAUGGCUUUCGACCUGACUAUAUUGGAUUUGAAAUUCCAGAUUUAUUUGUGGUAGGCUAUGCCUUAGACUACAACGAAUACUUCAGAGAUCUCAACCAUAUAUGUGUGAUCAGUGAGCAAGGCAAAGCAAAAUAUCGAGUCUAAAGAAGUAUGUUCCCACCACCUGAAAAUUUGUGAAUUUCCUCAACUCCCUAAUCAUCCUAUGCCUUUGACUACAAUCAAGAAACCAGUAUGUGCGUGUGUGUGUGAAAGUCGGCUCUGCAGGCUUUUUCAUGUAUUAGGAUGUUAAAAAGAGGUUUCAUCUGAAAGCAUUCUUUUCAGGGAUCAUAACAUCAAGUAGCACAUCUUUAUCAUGAAAUACAAGGCAUGCCUUUUGCUUGGUUUGUUCCAAGUCAAACACUCCACCUGGUGACUCACAACUUCUGUCUACCUUUAUGCUCCCAUGCUACACCUUUUUUGGCCUGGGUAAUCCUUUGGGCUCACUGCUUUUCCAUGAAAUGCCCCACCCCCACCUUCUAGUUGCUUAAUUUAUUUUAUUUUAUUUUUAUUUUUCUCUUAACAAUUUCCUAGCUUUUUUUUUUCUUUCUGGUCACAAACUGAGAGAUGAAUCAUUUUCCUUGAGAUCUGAGCCCACACAACUAGAAUGCACUCAUGCUCCUGUGCCCAAAAGGAAGGGAGGGAAAAAGAUAGUUUAAUAUAUAUUUAUGUGUUUGCACAUUUCUGACAGGCCAUUAUCAUCCGCUUUGUCAAAACCUUUCAGAACCUCAGGGUAGGCUGAAUCUUAAUGACACUAUGAAAUGAGCCUUUACAUGGUACUCUCAAUUUGAACUUCCAGGACGUGACAGUGGCAUGUUGAGUAUGCACAGACGUGCUCAACUGUGCUUAAUACGCUGAAUUUUAAUUAGAAAAGAACACAAUGCCAGUGAGGCUUUCAUUUCUAAGCUGUAUGCCUUGAUUAGAGUGGUCCAUGAGCCAAUGACUGGACCUGGAGCAGAGAGGACAACUCCUUUCACAUGUAUAUUUCCACGCUUGGAGCUAAUCAAGUAAAAGCCUGUGCUUAUGUUGAAAUUAUUCCAAUGCUACUUUCAAUUUUUCUCUCUUUUAUAUUCAAGAGCUUCCCUGCGCCCCACCUCCCACACACACACUAUCAUAAAUGGGAAUGCAAGAGCUCAGUUUGAAUAAAAGAAAUUCUCUUACAAGAACAGUAACACGAAGCAAGCGAUCACAAAAGGCGAGCUGACUUCACAACUUCUCCUGCCAUUUUUACAAGAUCUUUUCCUAAUUUACAAGGGAGUUUAAUGGAAAAUAAGCUUUGGAGUGCCAAUAGGUCUUACACUGCUCUCCUUCACUUCCUGAAAGAAGCUGUCUCAGCAUAAACAACUGAGUAGCCUUUGCUUUGUUCAGAACCCUAUGGGGCAUAUUAUUGUUAAUCUGACUUCUUUUAAACUAAUAAAGAAUAAGAAAAUGUGUUACAUUUCU